AUGCUGACAGCUCAGCCAAGAACCAUAGCUCUCCGGCGAUCGGAGAUCAUAAUCACCGUCGGAAAACACCACAGGCUUGCCAGCAAACCGACCCGGUUACAAGGGUCGGUCACCAGCAGGCCUAUGCCUGUAAGAGCAGUGAUCAGAAGUGGCAGAGGAAUCUUGAUUAAACUCAUCAGUCAAGAUAUUGAUCCUGAUACCAAUUCAGGAAGGAGUGUAGAGUCUCAUGCGAGGGGAUGGUUACCAAAGCCAACUAACAAUCCACAUAUUGUUGAAUAUGGAGCUGAUUUUAGUGUGUCUCUGGAUUUUGGAUCCCCUGGAGCUAUUCUUAUAACCAAUUUCCAUGAAAAUGAAUUCUUCUUGAAGGAAAUUGUAGUUCAUGGGUUCGCCGAAGGUCCCAUUUUCUUUUCGGCUGAUACAUGGAUUCAUUCCAGAAAAAAUAAUCCCGAAAGCAGAAUUGUGUUCAGAAACGAGGCGUGUUUACCGUCUCAAACACCACCUGGAAUCAAGGAUCUUCGACAUGAAGACUUGAUGAGUAUUUGUGGAAAUGGAAAGGGGGAGAGAAAAAUGCACGAGAGAAUAUAUGAUUAUGAUCUUUAUAAUGAUUUGGGUAAUCAUGAUAAGAGUGAAGAUUUGGUCCGGCCGGUGUUGGGCAACAAAGAACGGCCUUAUCCUAGGCGUUGUCGAACGGGUCGUCCACCAACAAAGAAAGAUCCCUCUGUGGAGACUAGAACCGAAAAACCCCAUCCAGUGUAUGUUCCACGGGAUGAAACUUUCGAGGAGAUUAAGCAGAACACAUUUUCAGCUGGAAGAUUGAAGGCAUUGCUCCACAACUUAAUACCACUUAUUGCUGCUACUUUGUCAGCUUCGGACAUUCCUUUUACUAACUUCUCGGACAUAGACAAUCUCUAUAAGGACGGUGUUGUGCUAAAAGAAGAAGGGCAAGAAGAAGUAAAAACAAAUCAGUUUCUAACCAAUUUGAUAAAUCAAGUGUUUACAGUUGAUGAUAAGUUGCUGAAGUAUGACAUACCGGCCAUCAUAAAGCGGGACAGAUUUGCAUGGUUACGGGACAAUGAGUUUGCACGGCAAACUCUGGCUGGUGUCAAUCCUGUUAACAUUGAAUUAUUAAAGGAAUUUCCGAUUCGAAGUAAACUGGAUCCUGCAAUAUAUGGCCCUCCGGAGUCAGCAAUCACCAGGGAAUUAUUAGAGGAAGAACUGCUGGGAAUGAGUAUUGAACAGGCUAUAAAGGAGAAGAGGUUGUUUAUACUCAACUAUCACGACAUCCUUUUGCCAUUCAUUGAGAAGAUAAACUCAUUGCCAGAUAGAAAAGCUUAUGCCUCGAGAACAAUAUUCUGCCAUACUCCAAAUGGCAUUCUCAGCCCAAUUGUCAUCGAGCUUUCACUUCCUCCUACACCUUCUUCACCCAGUAACAAGCGCAUCUUUACUCGUGGACAUGAUGCAACGACUCAUUGGAUUUGGAAACUAGCUAAAGCGCAUGUUUGCUCCAAUGAUGCAGGCAUCCAUCAACUCGUGAACCACUGGUUGAGGACCCAUGCCUGUAUGGAACCUUAUAUAAUCGCUACACAUAGGCAGCUUAGCUCACUGCAUCCAGUUUAUAAGCUGCUCCAUCCUCAUAUGCGCUACACCAUGGAAAUCAAUGCCCUUGCACGGCAAAGUUUAAUAAAUGCAGACGGAGUUAUCGAGGCUUGUUUUGUCCCAGGAAAGUAUGCCAUGGAAAUAAGCUCUGCAGCCUAUAAGAGCAUGUGGCGGUUUGAUAUGGAAGCAUUGCCAGCAGAUUUAGUUCGAAGGGGCAUAGCCGUCGAGGAUCCAUCAGCGGCCAAUGGUGUGAAACUCGUAAUCAAAGAUUAUCCAUAUGCAGCAGACGGACUUCUCAUAUGGUCUGCCAUAGAAGAUUUGGUCGAAUCUUAUGUUGGUUACUACUACUCUGGGCCUAAUUCCAUCACAACUGACGUCGAGCUUCAAGCCUGGUGGAAUGAGAUCAAGAACUCGGGACACUAUGACAAAAGAAACGAGCCGUGGUGGCCUAACCUCACUACUAAAGAAGACUUAUCUGGUAUACUCACAACAAUGAUUUGGAUUGCUUCUGGCCAACACGCAGCUAUAAACUUUGGACAAUAUCCAUUCGGAGGGUAUCCACCAAACCGACCCACCCUCAUGCGUAAACUAAUACCUCAAGAAGGCGAGCCCGACUACAUUAAUUUCCUUCUUAGCCCAGAGUGUACUUUUUUGGGCUCUCUACCGACACAACUCCAAGUAACUAAAGUUAUGGCAGUCCAAGACACACUGUCAACACAUUCUCCUGAUGAAGAGUACUUGAAUGAGCUGCACCAUAUUCAUAGAUUUUCGUUUAGUGAUCCAAAAGUUCAACAACUCUUUGAAAGUUUCUCGGCCAAGUUAGAUGAGAUCGAACGUAUUAUUCAUCAAAGAAAUAAGGAUAUACAUCUGAAAAACAGAAGUGGUGCUGGUGUUCCUCCAUAUGAAUUGCUUUUACCCUCGUCUGCUCCUGGUGUAACUGGUCGGGGCAUUCCUAACAGCAUCUCAAUCUGA